CAUUUUAUCUGGUUGAGCCUUCUUCCUGCGUCGGAGUGACUUCUCUUGUUCCCUCGCAGAUCUUUGGCCGACUCAGCCGGUUAAAGUGAUCUCCUGCUGGCGAUGCGCCUGUGAGAGUCGUGUUUACAUUUUUUCCUCCUCCGUUUCGUUUUCCACCUGCAGGCCGCCGUCAGCGGAGGGUAACAGGAGACUGAGGCCGUACACGAGCAUCACUGGGCGGUGUCAGACACGGAGAACCGGCCCGCGUUUAACGGCGUCUGUCUGGAUUUGACUUUGAAGAAGCGCUGCCUGUCCGCCAGCUUCAGGUCUGAGACAUGAGUGGAAGAGUUGGAGACCUCAGUCCUAAGCAGGCUGAGGCGCUGGAACAAUUUCGAUCGAAGGUACAAGACAUUCUUCCUCAACUUCCGGCUCAGCAUGACCACUUCCUGUUGCGCUGGCUCCGAGCGAGGAACUUCAAUUUGCAGAAGUCUGAGGCCAUGCUGCGAAAGCACCUGGAGUUCAGGAAACACAUGAAAGUAGACACAAUAAUCACCGACUGGCAACCACCAGAGGUGAUAGAGAAGUAUCUCUCAGGAGGAAUGUGUGGCUACGACCGCGAAGGCAGCCCCAUCUGGUACGACGUGAUUGGACCCGUGGAUCCCAAAGGACUCUUCCUGUCUGCGUCCAAGCAGGACUUCAUCAAGUCCAAGAUCAGAGACUGCGAGAUGCUGCAGAAGGAAUGCAACCUGCAGUCGGAGAGACUGGGCAGGAAUGUGGAGUCAAUCACGAUGAUCUACGACGUUGAAGGUCUGGGACUGAAGCACUUAUGGAAACCUGCAAUAGAAACAUAUGGAGAGAUCCUCCAGAUGUUUGAAGAUAAUUACCCAGAAGGCCUGAAGAGGCUGUUUGUAAUUAAGGCUCCUAAACUCUUUCCUGUGGCCUAUAACCUGGUCAAGCACUUUCUGAGUGAAAUCACGCGGCAAAAGAUCUACAUCCUGGGGGGAAACUGGCAGGAGGUUUUACUGAAGUACAUCGAUGCUGAAGAGCUGCCGGCCAUUUAUGGAGGGACGGCCACGGAUCCUGAUGGAGAUCCUCGCUGUCGGACCAGGAUAAACCAUGUCGGACCAGUUCCUCCUUCCUACUACGUGCGGGAUCACGUCAACGUGGAUUACGAAAACUGCCUGACCGUCAAUCGAGGUUCUUCCCAACAGCUGGACUUUGAGAUCUUGUUCCCAGGCUGCGUCCUCCGGUGGCAGUUCGCCUGCGAGGGCGCAGACAUCGGCUUUGGGGUGUUUCUAAAAACGAGAAAAGGUGAGUGGAAGAAAGCGUCUGAAAUGCAGGAAGUGAUUCCCAGCCAGCGGUACAACGCUCACCUGGUUCCUGAGGACGGGUCGCUGACCUGUGAGCUUCCAGGAGUCUAUGUGCUGAGGUUUGACAACACGUACAGCAUCUUCCAGGCCAAACGGGUCAGCUACACGGUGGAGAUUCUGCUGCCGGACCAGCUCCAGUCCCAGCGGGAAGCCCAGCCCAACGGGACCAGCGACCAAGACGCUCAGACUCGGCUCUGAAGACGAGUUCAGGACGGAUUAAACGAUGGAACAAGCACAGCCUGACGUACUUGAUGUAAAUAGAACCAAGCUGCUGUCGCGGCUUUAGCUAAAAGUCCAGUUUGACGCUACGGCUCGGUACUUAACUCUGUUUCAAAUGUUUUGUUCAACCAAAAAUUAAACAGAAAUGAUCUCAAAUUAUCGUUUUUUUUUUUUUCCCUCUAUUAUGUAAAAAAAAAAGAUAAAUGAAUCAUUAAGUCUGACUAUGAGGAGUAACAGUGGGAAAUAAAUACGCAAAGAUGGGUUUUGAUUUAAAGUCAGAAAUUUAUUUUUUAAAUCAAAUUUGAACUAAUGGCGUUCCACAAGCCAUUUGUCAAAACAUUUGAGUUUGAAGGAUUAAAUUUUAAAUAAAGUGAAUUUAUUUCAUACGUCAGCCACACAAAGAAAAAAAUAAAAUAAAAUGACAGGAAUAAAGUCAUAAACUUUAUUCAGGUAAUACUGCAACUUUAUCCUCAUAUUAUUAUUACUUCUAUUUUUAUUUUCCUAACGCGGGUCUAUUUCUGUCUAUUCAUUUUAAGAAUGCUAAUAAAUGGAAGUUUUAAUUUUUCAUAAAAUGUUUAUUUUUACAGCCAUCUGACUGCAGACUUGGUAACAUUUAUUUCGAGUCUGUUAGGUUUAUAAACCCAAAAUGUCAAAUUUAACUGCAUUUAUAGACAAUCAGUGAUUUAAUAUUAUGCAAUAUUCAUAUAUUUGCCUAAAACUUUUGCAAACUGUUAAUUAAAAGCAAGCAGGGAGUUUACAGCGUGACGAACAUUAAUGUUACAUUCCUAAUUAUUACUGAGGGCCACUAGUUAGUUA